GAAAGUGAUGAAGAUGUAAAAUUUCUUAUAUGUGGUGUUGAUCGAGAGGGUGGAUUAAAUGACUUUUCUAUAAAAGCGUCACAGACUGUAACAACAGGAAUAUCAAAUGACAUUGGAUCUAUAUCUAAUAUAUCUAAUAUACCUGUUAAAAAUUCUACUGUGAUUAUUGAGCCUGAACAAACUACUUCAGAUACUAAUCCUAUAAAUAACUUAGUAAUGGUUUGGGAAACUAGUACUGAAAAUAGACCAUGGAGCAGGUUACUUGAUAUAUCUCCCUGGUUCAAUUAUGGCUUUACAGAAAAAUCAUUUAAAGAAUAUAUUAUUAGACAAUUGGUGAUUAGAUGGGAAAGAAUUAAGAAACAAACAAUUGAAACUUCUGAUGAUUCACUAACUAGCACAGCUUCAUCUAGAAUUCAAUCUAUGGCUAAUCAAAGUCCUAAUGUCAACAAUUCUUCUAAUAUUACAUGUAACCCAGUUAUUCCAAUUUCACAAAAUAUACAAUUUCCACCAGGUAUACCAUUACCACCACCACCAGGUAUGCCAUUACCACCUCCACCAGGUAUACCAUUACCACCACCACCAGGAAUGGGUGGCCCAAUAUCUAAUAUGAUUUUGUACCCUCAAAUAUUUCCUCAUGGCAAUCCAUCAUCAUAUCCAUUUAAUCCAUUAAUAAAACAACCUGCUGAUAGACGUAUUAAAAAAAGGAAAGAAUAA